UGGGAUCGUUGACGUCAGACGCAAAACGCCAGGCCUACCGCGGGAGCGUGAAGUGGGCUGCGAAUUCGUUUGGAGGAAUCCUUGAGCUCGCGGUGUGGGCGCCAUGAGCAAAGCUCACCCUCCCGAAUUGAAAAAAUUUAUGGACAAAAAGUUAUCAUUGAAAUUAAAUGGUGGCAGACAUGUCCAAGGAAUAUUGAGGGGAUUUGAUCCCUUUAUGAAUCUUGUGAUAGAUGAAUGUGUGGAGAUGGCAACUAGUGGGCAACAGAACAAUAUUGGAAUGGUGGUAAUACGAGGAAACAGUAUCAUCAUGUUGGAAGCCUUGGAACGAGUAUAAGCAAUGGCUGUGUUCACCAGAGACAUCAACCGCUUCCACGUCCCCUCUCCACGGCACAUGUUUUUUACUGCAAUAUGAAAAUCAGGUGUACAUUUUCAUAUUGAACUUUUUUGUUAAAUAAACUUUUGCAAUAGUCAAAAAUGCUUUCUUGGACAUUAUGAACAUAGAAAAUACAAUGCUAAAUCUUGCUCUAAUUUUUUCUAACAUGAACUAUUCUAACAAUUUGUUCAGAUGUUUUUAUGCGAUAUUGAAGAAUCUGACUAAAUGUGAAACAUGGCAAGGAUCCCUUUUUCCAUCUUCUAACACUGAACAAGAGAUAACCUACAAACCUAAGUGAGUUUUAUCUGCAACAUUAACUGUAAUUUUCAGAUCUCAGUGUAGUAACUUUGGUGUACUCUGACUUUUCCAAGUACAUAUACGUUCCAAGUGUAGUACAACAGAAGACACAGGAUGUCAUUGUUUAUUUUGAGCAUAAUUGGGAAACAGUUUUGCAUACAAGUAGAAAUAGAAUUCUAAAGAAAAACA